AUGAUGAUGUUUUUUUCCAAUUUUCCAUUCUCAUGGAUUCGCCAUUCUUUGAUCACUUUAGCUCUCAAUAUUAUCAUUGUUUUACUGGCGAUAUAUGUUCCUGACAUUAGGAAUGUAUUUGGUAUAGUUGGUUCCAGUACAUCAACAUGUUUGAUUUUUGUGUUCCCAGCACUGUUUUAUCUUAAAAUGAGCAGAGAGGAUUUUCUCUCACAGAAAAAGUUGGGGGCAUUUGUUUUGCUCAUCUUUGGUAUUUUGGUUGGUAAUUUUAGUUUAGCACUCAUUAUUUUUAAUUGGAUUAAUAAAUGA